AUGGCCUUGCCUCCGGAGCACAUCAACAUCAAACGGCGCCGAGAGGAAGAGCCAGUAGACACAUUAUAUAUUCAAUCUGAGCUACAUCAGACAAAGCGCCGGUUCACAGACUUUGUCUUUCAACGAGUCACAAUAAAUGCCAGCGGCGUUAGCAGAAGUGGCUCGCCUAGUUUUUCCAGCACCCCCGCCGCACAGAGAGCAAUCCGGAGUCCGCGCUCCGCGAGCAGUCUCCAUGUCCGCAAAUCCACUAACGCUGGUGGCGGGGGCGGAGACGGAGGUGUUCCUAUGGUCAGAGCCACGUCCCCGGGAGCCGAGCUUCGUGAGGAGAGGAGAGUCGCAGCUGCUCGGAAAGAGGCCGAGGAGAAGCUGAAAAAUGCAAUCUAUUCUUCUCCCUCGCCGAUCACGCCAGGGUCUGAGAAGGCUACGGCGCCGAAAAACGAGGCGGCACGAGGCGGCGAAACGCUGGUAUCUUCCGCCGCGGGUGCAACAGGUAGUCCGACGUCGCCUAGUGUAGCGCCAUCAAUACGACGCUUCCAGAUUUCGCGGUCAAGCACACCUUCCGGUGCACUGCGCACUACGGGAGGGGGUGUCCAGAAACGUAGGGAGGGUGCUGUGGCAGUCCUGGUUGAGAAGCUGCGGCGGGAGCCUCAUUCAAGACGUGCAUCCAUGGUUGCGGAUGCAGCUGCGGGUAUAUUGGAGGAGGCGGCUCCGGAACCUGCACGCCCGCGAAAGCGACCGGUGGUGAACCAGGCCGAAAAGAAAUGGAGAGAAGAGCGACAAGGCGCAAUAUCCGCUGCUAAACAGCAUAUCUCUCAGGUACUGGAAAAGGGAGCACAGGCUCACCAGAGUAAUUGGGAGGACGAGUCGGACCGGUUGGCACGGCAGUUUGAGCAGAUUGCGCUAGAGCUUGAUGGAGAAUUGGAGGGAACACCAGUCACGACGCAGCAUUCCCAGCCCAUGGUGACACGCUCUGCUAUGCCCAAGCCUCCGCUUAAAUACCAACCACGCACCCCUAACAAGCAUCGGGCGGCGCCUCCUGUUCCAAAGCCAGCAGAGGAGAAGCCUGUUAAGCUUCCGGCGGGAGAUGAAGCCAUCGACAAUGACGAGGACUAUGUUUACGACAUGUAUAUUCGCCGCCCUCUGCCGGACAGGGAUGGGUUGACAAACCCGCUUGUCGAUCUAGAAGACCAAGAAGCCUGGCUACGCUACCACGGAAUUGACAGCAGCCGUCAAGACAUUGGAGUUAUCGUCAUCACGCCGGAAGAUGAGAUACUGUGGGAGGACUUUGCAGAGUCAGACGACGAUGAAGAUCGCUGGGACAGUGAGGAUGGAGACUCCAAUGCUGAGAAUAACCCCGCAAAUGACUAUCCAGACGAGGACCUAUCAUGGGACGAUGAGGAAGAUGACGCCGCGGCGAUCUACAGAAAGUACAGACAUGACCGAUCCGACGACGAAGAGUACGACUGGGAUAUGUCCGACGACGAAGCGGGCGCUGGCAGGAUAGGAAAUCUAUACGGGGUACGGUCGCACGUGGAGUCUGACGAAGACAGCUGGUAA